GUUUGUCUAUAUCUGUUUGAUAUGCGUCGAAAGUCGCACAGUUGUUGUUUGAUAGUGUUCGAUUUCAACAGAGUAAAUUUAGAACCAAUUCUUAUCGCCAAGCAAGUGGGUUUAAACAAAAUAAGCAAGUCUGUAGAUGUAAACAGUACGCGAAGUAGCAUUCACUUUUUGAGUUACCUGAAGGGCAAUGCACUGUGGGUACGAGUUGUGUGGUGCGCAUGCGCAGUUCAGUUUACAGUUGGAGCUCGUCAGAAAAUGGCGUCGGCUAAGUUCUUGGAGGAAGCACUCAGUACAGACGUCGAUGAAUCAGCAGUCAGUGCUAUUGUGGGAACGUUGGAGACACAGUUAGUGACUACGCAGCCUGCAGUUUCCAGUCAGCAAGGAACAUCUGCGUCUGUGAAUCAGAAUCAUAUGAACAAUACUAUUGCUAAUGGGGGCACUGUCUCAACACAGAAACACGGUGUUACAAACGGUGGCCCUCCAUCUAUGAAUAUUUUGAAUGCAGAUGCAAAUAAAACUAUUUCUUCUAGUACGAUACAGAGUAGUAAUGUUGUUCAUUCAAGUGUUGUAAAUACUGUCGUGGCUUCUCUUCAUGGAGGAGUACCUACAAGUGGAUACUUAAACCAAGUAACUUCAAGUGCUAAUCAAGGAAAUAUAACAAAUAUUAGCAAAUCUCACGAACCUGUUAAAGUAGUUUAUCCUCCUGGAAGUCAAACGAACACUAGUACUGUCGGUAUUAACAUAAACAACAGAGUGAAUUUCCCAACAACAGCCCUUCCAAAUGGUAAUCUUGGAUUGUCUCCUAUUCCGUCUCAUACAGUGUUAAAUGCAGUCACAUCAACAGUCCAGAGUGCAGUGUCACAGUCUCAUUCACAGUCUGGAGCAAGUGUUACUGGUAAAAUUAGUGGUGUAGUUAGUGUUGACGGGAAACCUGGAACUGCUUUAGUGAUAAAAGCUAGUGGAAAUAAUAAUGCAACUCAAGGUACACCAAUAAGUGCUAAUUUAGUGACAGUCCCAAUGACUGUAAAUACUACCAUGGCCCUGACAGGGUCAUAUGUAAACACAGCUGUUGGAACUACUACUGGCACUACAACAGGAAUGUCAGGUGUGGUGACAUUAACAAAACCAGUUACACAUUCGGUGGGGACUUCACAGACGUUGGUAGGGAAUUCGCCUACUAUUUUACCAGCAAAUGUUCAAAUUUUGAAUGUAAAUGCAGUUCGAUUAGGCACACCUGGUCAGCAAGGACAGAAGAGCAUACCACCAAGAGUUGUUAUAGGUGCACCACAUAUGGUUGGUGCUAGACCAGGGCAGCCAGGACAGAUUACACUACAAACACUACAAGGCUUGCAACCUGGUACGCAAGGUCAUCUAUUGCUGAAGACUGAAAAUGGCCAAUAUCAAUUACUGCGGAUGGGGCCUGUACCGACAACGCAUAGUUCGACUGUUACUCCAAACAGUGGCACUGCUACGAUACCAAGUGGCAGUACCUUCAGGAUUCAGUCAGUUCCAGCGCAUGGAACAGUAGCCGUUGCGACAACAACAGCAGCUGCUAUUCAAGCAACACCUCCUCCAGCUUUAACAACUCAGACAGCAACUGUACAGCGACACACAGUUGACACUACCAAAGAAAAAUGUCGCAAAUUUCUUGCAAAUCUGUUGGAGCUCUCAAGUCGAGAACCAAAAUCUGUGGAAAGGAAUGUGCGUACACUAAUCCAAGAGUUGAUUGACACCAAGGUUGAACCAGAGGAGUUCUGCGAUCGGCUUGAGCGAUUACUGAAUGCAUCUCCACAACCCUGCCUCAUUGGAUUUUUAAAGAAAAGCUUGCCACUCCUCCGCCAGUCUUUAGCUACGAAAGAACUUGUCAUUGAUGGCAUUCGGCCACCACCUCAAAGUGCAGUUGUCUUCUCACUGGCAAAUUCUACAAUGGUUCCUCAAGUGCAGACACAGCAGAUAAGGCCUCAAGUUGCAACGGCGCAGGUGCGGCUAAUGGCACCUGUCAAUGCAGCAACACAGAGUGUAGGAGUGACUACUGUGCCUCGACCUGGGCAGCCAGUACAAACUCACAGAAUUGUUGCGCCUGUGCGGCCACAAACUCCUGUGACUCGGAUGAUAACAACAACGGCUUUGAGGCCUCAGUCGCCUGUUACGACUGCCACAACGACACUCCCUUCAACGAUUACAACGCAAAUAAGGGUACCUACUCCAACACUCCCUACUCCCCCACUUCACAUUAGGCAACCCGUGCAGGUGCAGACAAAAACCCCAACUGCUAUCCAACUGAGACCUCCACCUCCUGUGCAGAUAAAAGCUGCAAUACCCCACAUUAAACCUCAGACAAAUGCCUUUGUCAAACCUCCUACACCUUCACUCUUGCCAAAACCUGUAGCAAAAGAAAAGGAGAAAAAAUCAUUCUCAUCUGCAGGGUACACAGGAGAUGAUGAUAUCAAUGAUGUAGCGGCAAUGGGUGGUGUCAAUCUGGCAGAAGAAACUCAGAGGAUUCUGGGUUCAACUGAAUUUGUUGGGACACAGAUUCGUUCAUGUAAAGAUGAAAUAUUUUUACAUGCAGCUCCUCUUCAGCAAAGAAUCAGACAAAUUGUUGCUCGUCAUGGCUUAACGGAAGAGCCAUCACCAGAAGUUGCAGCACUGAUAUCACAUGCAACUCAGGAGAGGUUGAAAAACUUGAUAGAAAAAUUGUCCAUUAUUGCAGAGCAUAGAAUAGAUGUUAUUAAGAUGGAUCCGAGGUACGAGGUCACACAGGAUGUUAAAGGACAGCUUAAGUUUCUGGAAGAAUUAGAUCGUGUAGAAAGGAAGAGACAUGAGGAGCAUGAACGGGAGCUACUUUUAAGAGCUGCAAAGAGUAGAUCAAAAUCUGAAGAUCCAGAGCAAGCUAAAUUAAAAGCAAAAGCCAAAGAAAUGCAAAGAGCCGAGAUGGAAGAACUGCGACAGAGGGAAGCAAAUCUCACAGCGCUACAGGCAAUUGGACCAAGGAAGAAGCCCAGGUUGGAACUUGGCACUGGUGUUGGAAAUUCAAGCCAGGGAGGUGCUGGCAGUUCAAAUGGUGCAGGCAGUAGCCUUAACAGGACACAGCUACCAAUGAGGCCAAGGUUGAAACGGGUGAACCUCAGAGACCUGCUUUUCCUGCUGGAACAGGAGAAGGAGACUUGCCGAAGUACUCUUCUGUAUAAAUCUUUCCUCAAGUGAUUGUUGUUCUCACUUCUUGAGUGUUGCGAUAGCCAUGAUUGUCAUUGGCGUAAGUGCUGUGAAUCUAAAACUUCUACUCGUGUCCUGAUCCCUAUUCUUCUCAGAGCUUUUAUGAGAUAAUGACACUGUGAAAAAAGUGUGCAAUGUUGGGGUGAAAUCAAAUGUCUUGAUUUAAAACAGGCAAGUCUUUCUUACUAAGUGUGAAAUGUUGAACUUACUUUGUGUAAAUAAACAUAAGAAGAGUCAUGGAUGGGUUAUUUGGUGAGUAUCUUAUGAUAAAAGUGACAAAGUGCACGGCAUCCCACUCCCAGGCGAACUUAAUGUGUAAUGAAAUCUUCAUUUAAACUGAUGAAUGAAUGUACUAACUUUUACAAGAAAUCUAAUUGUUACUUUCAGUACAAAGGCAGCCUUAAACACCAAAAUUUUCAUAUCUUUUUUUCUGUGUUCAGAAAAAAAUACUUUUCUUGUUAAAUUUAUUGCUUUAAAUUGACUAGUGCACUGCUAUUUAGUAAUGUGCUAAUGUGAAGCUUGGUGUACUAUACUGUCAUUUAAGAUACUGAAAAUCUUCCAGAUUUGUAGCAGAAUAUUGCUAAUAUAUUAAAUUUUGUAUUUUUAUAUAGUUAAAGACAUUGCCUCAAACAAUAGUGCACAAUAGAUUGAAGCUCUUGUUUCUUUUACAGUCUUGUAUCUUACUGAUUUGCCUGUUUUAUAAUUGAUGUACAAUUUUAAAUGACUUGAGACUAGUGUAGUAAGUCCAGUGUCUUAUUGAAACAAAAAAAAUGAAAAAGAAAAAAAAUGAAAUAGGGGAAAAUGAGUCAUAUGUAUGUGUUGUUUCUGUAAAGUAUAGGAUAGUCUGUUCUACAGAGGAAUCUAAGUCUUACCCUUAAGUUACCAUGUAUUAUUAUUUUUUAUUUGUUGUUGAGAUUACUGUAAAUUGAUAGUGAAAUUAUAUGUGGUAUGUUAACUUUAACUGAUUGCCCAAAUUAAGCUAAUCAGUUCAAUAUGGCUACCCUACUUUUAAUAUUGCAUCAAAACUGGCUUAACAUUCGUAUGUGUUAAAUAUUUUUAAUUUUUUGUUUUAAAUUUCCAUGGAUUGAUCAGUAAUUAGAUUUAUACAGAUUUUUUAAUAUUGUGCUGAUGACUUCAUCUGUCUUACAGAAAUGUGCAGUGUUUAUUGUGAUUAAAUUUAAGAGCCAGAUAAUUUCACUGUACCUGAAGCAUUUAAAAUGUUAUUUGUUACUGUUUUUUAUAGAUCUGGCUCUUUACUUAUUUCAUGUGUGUUAUUGCUGAUGCACGUAUACAGAAACACGCCUGGGAGUAUAGAAAAAUUGUAAAUCCUAUUUGCUAAGAGAGAUUAUUUGACAAAAUUGUGUUCAGAUUGGCAUUGUUGUAAUUUUCUUUAACGUGAGUUACUGUACAUUUGACAUUUAAGGCUUUUAUGCAAGUAAUGGACAUCUUCCUUAUAACCAUUCAUUUUAUAUUACUGAAUGAAUAAUAAUUGUCAGUGAUAUAAAAACACUUAUUAUGCAAAUUUGCAGUUAUAUACUAACUAUUUUUAGGAAUUUCAGAAUGUUAUUAUUUCUUGGAGGUAGUCAGAAGUUUCCUUUCAGUGCAGAUGAGCCUUAGCCAGAAUAGUAUCCUCUCUGACAUAACAGAAACAAUACUUCAAUUAACUUUCUUCAUAUAAUUUUGCUUGUAUCAUGACAUAGAGGUUCAAGAGAGAGAGUGCUGCUGCAAUAACAGUAAUACUCUGCUGAAUUACUUUCACUGUCCACCCAAGAUGUUCUGUGUGCUGCAGGAAUAAGAAACUUCGAUGCAAGUGGUUUUUGUAAUUUGCGGAAGCCUUUAAAUUCAAGAAACCCUAUCUUGCAAAUUAUUUCCAAACAAUCUGCUAUUCUCAUGUGUUCUGAUUAUUAGUGUUUAUGUUCUUGUGUCAGCACAGUUACUGAAGAGUCUACAGUCUCAGUAGUCAUCACAUAAGGAAAUUAAUUGAAUGGAAAAAGUUUUUCGUAUCUUACUCUUAUUACUCAAUCAUCCUAUUUAUUUGGUGUGAAUACGUGUGUGGUUUUUUUUUUUUUUUUU